AUGGCGAGAAACAGGACGCCGGAGAGUUACAUGACCGCCAAGGUUCUGUCGGACCUCGCGAACAGGAGGAAGCUGGAUUAUGAAGAGAAACUCCGGGCUGAUGAGCUCGAAAGACAGAAGAUGGAGAGGAGGAACAUAGCAGCUGCCUUCAAGCUGAGGGAAGAAGAUUUUCACAAGGAGUGGGCUAUGAAGAAACUAGAGUUGGAGAGCAAAGUAGAACAGAAGUGGAAGGCUUUUGAGGAGAAGAAGGAAGGGAGGAUUCUGGCUUUCGAGGCUGCUGUGUCGAGAAAGUUUUACCCUUCCAUCAAGUUCUCACCGUUAGUUCGCGACUAUUCCUUCCGUGAGAGCACGCAAGCCAAGUAUGGCCAUUACGACAUGGCUCUUGAAUCCAGCAGAGCUCUAUCGAGGCAGAAGAAGUCGGAAGAGAAGCGCCAGAAUGUAUCCUUGGAAGCAAACAUUAGCAAACAGAGAGAGCGGCUGAACGAAUCGCUGGAGAAAGAGCAGAAGGAGGUUGAGGAUUCUUGUACCCGUAUGAAGCUUGCUUUCAAACACAAGAUGGAGAUUGCCGCUGACCGCCUCAAACAGUCGAAUCGAAACCUGCUGAAAGACGUCGAGCAUGCCAUGGCCCUUGAGUUCAUUCAGCCGCGAGAGCUCAAGCAAUCUCUCAUGGAGUCCAAGAACCAACCCAAGUCGUACAAGUCUCGACCUCAAACCUCCUCGACCUUCUGGGGAUCUCGCAUGCUCGAGCGAGUUGGGAGAGGGUGA